AUGUCAUCAAAAGCGUAUUAUGUUCCGGGAGUAACGUUACAUGUAUUUAAAGGAACAAAUGAGGUUGAGGUGGUGUAUGAUGUCCAAGAUACAUUGAAAAAAACGGGAUGGAUUGGUUUGUAUGACAUGUUACAAAUGGACAACUCAAAGUAUUUAAAAUAUAUCUAUAUCUCCACACCACAAGGGAGUGUGAAAUUCACUGGUUUAUGCGAUGGAUUUUUUGAUGUCAGGUAUUUCCCGUCUCUUGACAAUAACGCAAACAACGCAACAGCAGAAGCGUUUCAACUUGGGGAGAGUAUUACAAUUAACGAACCGAUUAUUAACAAAAACAUGAUGACUGUUGGAGUGAAUGUAAGCGACGAAGAAAAAGCAUUUGUCGAAAUAUACCAUUCACAGUCCGUCAAUGAUGUGCAAUCUUUUGUCAGCACAACAAUCAAAGCUGACGUUAGUAUUGCUUGGUGCAAAGAAAAGGGC